AUGACGUUCUCAGCUCCACCCAUGAUUCGCAAAUUUAUUCGUUCCUUUGUUUAUUCCUCUCAACAAAAACAAGCACUCAUUGAUUUUUAUUCUACAUUUCUGAAUCAUUCUCGGAUUCAAACCAUGAAGAAUGUUCUGGAUAAACGUUCGAAAUUUAUCAUUCCGGUACUGGAAGAUGUUCGGAGUGAACAAAAUGUUGCUGCUGUGGUUCGGACUGUGGAAUGUUUUGGAAUGAGCAAUUUACACAUUAUUAAUCCACCAACAAGUCCUCCUAUGAAUGAACGAAAAACUCGGUCCAAAGGUGUUUCAAGCGGAGCGACCGAGUGGAUUUACGUAAAGAAUCAUAAAAGUUCCGAAGAGUGUUUUCAAGAAUUGAAGGACAAGUAUAAUUGUAGAAUUAUUGUUACAUCACCCUAUUCCAUUCCUCAAUUAUUGGCUGGAGAGAAGAGAGGUCAAAAGGCUUCCAAUACUUGUACAAAUUAUUCACCAGUCAUCACAGAAAAACAUAUAUCAUUGCCUCACUAUGUUGGAGUGGAUCAAGUACCCAUUGCUUUUGGUCCAUUGAAACAAUCGAAAGAGGAUGAUAAGCCUAUAGCUCUUGUUUUUGGAAAUGAAGCUCAUGGAAUUUCAAAUGUUGCCAUUGACCAUGCAGAUGCUUCGUUAACAUUGCCUCUUUAUGGAUUUACAGAGAGUUUUAAUAUUCACGUGAGCGUUGCCAUAUCGACCUAUUUCUUGAAUGAGAAAUUUAGAACCUAUUUGAGUAAUCCAGAGACAAAAGAUUUUGCUGAGCAAUAUCUUUAUUCAAGCGAAGAAAAGACGAAUAUUCUGUUGGAAUGGUUACGAGAUUGUGUCUCAAGAAGUGACGAAUUGGAAUUAGAGUUUAUGAGAAAGGAGGGAAUACCCAUUCCUGCUAGUUAUGCAUUGAAUUCAAUGUCGAACGUUUAUACAUCUUCAAAUCCAUUGGUUUCGCCGCAACAACCCAUGGGAAACCAUUGA